AUGCUCCGCGCAUCGCUCAUCAAGAACGCUCGUCCACUUGCCACUCGGCGCCUCUUCUCCACAUCUACCCGCGUCAUGUCUGCUGGUGACACUGGGUCCGGCGUGUCCAGGGCGGAAGGUAUGCGCGCAGGCGAUGCCUGGACGAAGCGCGAGACCGCCGCCGAGGAAAUGUACAUCAAGCAGGAAGAGAGGGCCAAGCUGCUAGCCAUCAAGGCGAAGCUCCAGCAGCAGCAAAAGCACAUCGACGAGCUCACGAAGCACAUCGACGAAGUCACCAAGGAGAGCGGUGGCCAGGGCGAGCAGCAGCAUUGAGCUCUACAGUCGCGACGGAAUAUUUGCAUAGAGGAUAGCGACGGAAUAGGGAAGCCGGAAUAGCAAACUGUGGUUCUGGUCGUCACUUUUGGCAUGCGUAUCUCUUUGUACAACAUAUGAGACGACUCUCCGAUCUCGAAGUAGCUCCAAACACAAUGUAUACCUGAUCGCAUUUGCACUGCGCUUUUUCAUUAAGUGCUUGUCCUAUGGUACAAAUCCCAUGCGGGCCGUAGUCUCGCUUGGCCGAGCUUUCGGGAUGUGUUACCCUAACGCCGGCCUCCCAUGCAGUCCUAGAUAGGUGUUUCAAAUAGUUCGCUUUU